AUGAGUAAAUGUAGUAAAGAAAAAAAAACGACACUUUCUACUAAUUGCGAUAAAAGAACAACACAUUUAUCUCUCCAUAAUUCAAAACAUUUGGCGUUCGUUUUGAUCGAAGGUGGUUGGCUUAAAGUGGGAUUAUCCUUGAGUUUUGUGACAAAUUUAUUGACAAUUCACGAUUAUUUAAAUCUUUCUUCUCCGUUUUGUUUUGAGUCUAAUGCUAAUGAUCUUUGA